AUGCUGCCCGGUCUUCUCAAGUGGUGCCUGUCGUCGAGCUCCACGCCGCAGGAUGUUUUCCAGCGCACGCACGCGCGUCUCGCCUGCCCGCCACUGCUGAGCCUCUCCGGCGCGGACAGCAGCGGUGCCGCAUCACCACAGUCCAGAGUCGUUGACCCGUAUCACUUCAUUGUAUGUCAGCACGGUGUUCUCGGCAGCGCGGCAGACUUUGAAAACAUCAUCGUGGACUCCUUUGUGCACCACGAAGUUAGCGUGCUGGAGGUGACGAAGAUGGUGGUGACUGCGGAACGGGAGGAAUCAGCAGAGAUGCCCGCAGGUGAGUGUGCGGCGGAUAGAGGCGUGCGUGUACGGGGCGAAUUCUCUGGGCCUCCUCUGCCCUUCUACGGCAGCCCGCGCCCGACGUACCACCUUUCCAGUGUUCCUUCCUCUGCGUCUGUCCCCGCCGCGUGCAUUUCCGGGACCAGUGGCGCCUGCCAUACCGUAGUGAGUCCCAUGAGCAGCGUGCCGACAGUGCCGGAGAGCACGGCGAGCUCGGUGAGCUCCAUGAACGGCAACGUGAUGCCGAGAGCCGAACUGAAGAAGGUGCUGUUGGAAGCAACUUCCAUGAAGGCGGCGGCGGCGCAGCAGCAUCAACGACAGCCUGCUUCCAUGUGCGACAUUGCAGACGCUGCCGACAAGGCUUCAGGAUUGCAGGAGGUGGCUCCUGUCUCAAACUUCGAUAACGCCUUGGCGGCCGAGCAGCAUGCGCGGCGCGCCGCGUACAGGGCCGCCUAUCGCUUGCAGAUUGAGUACCCGAACCGCAUGAAUGGGCGUCUCUACCGCAGCGGCAACUUGCAGUGCUUCUCACCGGGCAGCAACGAGUACCUGCGCACAGAUGCUGGUACACAGGUUUGUGCGCGCAGGAUGCUGGCGGAGGUGGUCCCCGCCCUGCACACGUGGCUGAACGAGGUGGAGUCGAAGGAGCAGCAGCGCCGGGCCAAGUGGGCGGUUUACGCUCACACGGUGGGCACAAGCGACGCGGCGCGCCUCUCGGCAGAGGCGGCGGCACCGCUUCCGAUAUGCUUCUCUGUGAUGGCACACAGCUUCGGCGGCAUUAUCCAGCGCGAGUUUCUCUAUCUUCUUCUCGUCGAUCAAACGGAAACGCGGGCAAGCGACGCCAUGCUCUUCCACGACAUCGUGACUCUGCGCCAGAGGCUGCAGAGGCUGCACGUGACCUUCGAGAAUUUCCUGACUGUCGCCACCCCGCACUGCGGUGCCGGGGAGUGUCUUUGGUGGCCAAUCUACUUUGGUGCCUGGUGCCUCGCGCGCAUGAAGCUCUGCCAGACCUACGACGAACUCAUCUUGUCCGACGCGAACCGCAUCUUUCAGCGGCGCCUCCUUGACGAGCCUCACCUGCGCGUGCUGCAACUCUUUCGGCGCCGUGUGCUGUUUGCGAACACGCACCGCGACAUCUUAGUCGGAUUCGGCACGUGCUCACUUAUUUUUGAGAAUGUGGACACGGACCACACCAAGUUCAUUGGCGUGGCCCCCGGCACGGCGCACUGCGCGGCAGCCUUUGCGAACGAGGCGACGGAGGUGUCGAAGCCGAUUCUCCUGCGCUCUUUCGAAGAGAUGGAGGAUGAGGAGGCAGACGGCGGUGGCGGCAGCAACAACAGCAGCGUCCGGCACGAUUUUCAGCUCUCUGCGUCGGCGCGUGCGAGGAGCUACACCAUGGAUGACCUUGCUUCCGCUUUGGCACCUUCGUCAGCUGCCGCUGCCACGGUGGUGCGUCAGGUGUCGUACCCAUCGGCACGCAAGUGCGCCGGCAUGCCGGUGAGUGUCAUGGAGGGCGACUCCGAUGACAGCGAUUUCCUGACAGCAACCCUGCGACCACAGGCUACCUCAUCGUCCGCGUCAGGUUUGACGGCGUCGCCGACGUCGACGCCGCCGUCAUACUCCCAGUCGCCGAUGCCUGAGAGCAUCACCGCGACAAGGAUGCAAUCCUCCGUCUUUGCUGCAUUGCGGACGAUUGGGAGAACGGUACCGGUGCAUGGUGAAGAGACGGUGCGCGUGGAGGAUGUAGCUGUUCCGUUGGCUGAACACAUUGACGAGGGUAGAAACGAGCUCGACAGUGGCUCGCAGUCAUCUGCGUCUGGGGCAUCGACGGUCGGCUCGCUGCUGUCGAGACCGUUCUCCCUACUGCGGCGGCGCGACAGCUUGAUCUUACCCUCGCCGCUUCUGAAGCGGUUCGUCUGUAGCCGCAGCGAAGCUGCGGCGACGAGCGAUGCUCACGACCUCGGCGACGUGGGCUCAGUAACGUCGUCGCGCCGCAGCCGUAACAGCAGCACCGUGACAUCUCUCCUGCGCGAUCCUCGCUGGGCCUCCGAGCGCGUUCGCAGGGUCGCCUCUACAGUGCACGCGGAAGUGGAGAGGUGGCUGUGGGCUCCAACGACGACUCCGAAGAUAGGCGAGACGUCGACAUCAGGCGAAUCGAAUAGGGCCGCUGCCGCGGCCGCGGAGAGUGUGACGGCGUUCUCUAAGCGCACGUCUUUGGUCGCGUCAGCGCAGUCUCCAAUGGCACUGCUGAUGUCUGGCACAGGGGCUGAUGUUCCGGAGUACCAUCGAGCUCCUCGCGCCAUUGCGGCGACGCUGCGCCGAAAGAUGAGCUGGCGCGUUCGCGCCAUUCGACUCGACAAUAUUCUGCCAGCGGGCCACGUCGCGUGUCUGGGCAACUGGGCCUUCUUCGGCCGCUCACCAUCGGUGGUUCAGGCUGCUGCCGAGGAGCUGCUCAUCAUUCUCUAG